AUGACAAACACUAUAUCCAUCCACUUACAACAGACACAGAUCAAGCAAAGGGUCUUCACCAGCAGAGGAUACUCUCACAACGCCCCUCAGCCUACGAUACAGAGGAGGACGAUGGAGGCGUGCUCCUUCACCAAAACUGCAGGAACAGCCUGCGGAGCUGUCGGGGUCCUCACGUACGAGAUCUUCAAACAUGACUGCGGAGAGUGGGCUGGAGAUCUGGUCAUAAUGUUCUCCGUCCCGUACGACUACAACCUGUAUGAGAACUGGUUUUCUCUCGGCAUUUUUAAAGAACGCGCUUCCUGCAACGAGCAGCUCUUCCACCAGCUGUACUACGAUAACAGCCCCUUCACCAGAGCCAAAAGCACCGGGAACGAGAUCAAGUUUCUUGGAAGACACGUUUACGUGAAGGGAAUUGUGGGAUUUGUAGUCCUGCAGGCUUGA